AAAAAAAACAAAAAAAAAAACCAUACAUUAAUUUUAGCACCAACCAAAUCUUAUUUUAACAUAAAAAUCCCAGCUCAUGAGCAACUUUUGUAAGCUUUUACCUGCCAAUUACACUUCCCUUUUAAAUACUCUCACAUUUUAGAUCUUCUUUACCAAUUGUCACUCUCUCACCUCUUCUCUGUACUCUCCUUUUUCAGGAAUUUGGUGAAUUUUUGGCAAAUCUGUGACUUUUGAGUAUUUCUUAAAAUAGCAAAAAUGGAGAAAACCAUGGUACUCUUAUUUGCUACUACUUUGUUGAUGUUGAGUUCUCCUUUGGCCAAUGCUGAAAAGAAGGGCAAACCUGUUGCAAGUCCGACUCCAACCCCAUCUCCGGCCCCGGCACCAGCUCCAGACUAUGCAAACCUGACUGAAUUACUGAGUGUUGCUGGCCCUUUCCAUACAUUCUUAAACUACCUAGAAUCCACCAAAGUGCUUGAAACCUUGCAAAACCAAGCCAACAACACUGAUGAAGGCCUUACCCUCUUUGUACCCAAGGACAGUGCCUUCUCAGCCCUUAAGAAACCUUCUCUGUCCAACCUCACUCAUGACCAGCUUAAGCAGUUGUGCCUCUUCCAUGCCCUGCCACACUACUACUCUCUCGCCGAGUUCAAGAACCUCAGUACCAUAGGGCCUGUCAACACCUUCGCUGGUGGUGAUUACACCUUGAACUUCACCGAUGUCUCGGGCACAAUCCAUCUGACUUCAGGAUGGAGUGUCACCAAGGUUAGCAGCAGUGUAUAUUCUACUGAACCUGUUGCCAUUUACCAGGUUGACAAGGUGCUCCUUCCUGAGGCCAUCUUCGGAACCGACAUUCCUCCUAUGCCAGCCCCAGCACCGGCUCCAGAAAUUGCUCCUGCUGCUGCUGAUUCUCCUGCAGAUGUGACCAAAGACGGAGACUCACCAGCUGCCUCAAAACCCUUAGAUUCUUCAGCCUCCUGUCGAGUCAUGGCUAGCUUGGUUCUUGCAUUAGCAGGACUUGCCCUGUUCUUGUAAGAAGGGAUUUUGUUGGUCAUUUAACUUAUAUGAAGUGGGUAUUUUCCCAAUAGUAGUACCUUUGAUUGUUUCAUCAUUCUUUUAUUCCACCCUUUUUCGACGAGAUUAUAUUGAAAAACAUUGUAUGUGAAUGUGAGAUUGGUUUCCAAAACCUUUUGUCAAUGUCCAAUUUUAGUUCUUCUUCAGAUUUGUUGGUUCUGUUUUUUUUUCCUUCUUGACAUAAAAAAAUGUCUAUCAUGUUAUACACUUUGAUUCCUGAUUAAAUGUACAAAUGUGCAAUAGUAUA